AUGAAUGCAGCCAAAGCGUCUGCCGCCUUCGGUGGGGAUGUAGAGGGGCAAGGCGGAGCGCAGUCUGCUGGUGUAGCUUCUUCCUCCUCCAGCGCGGCCCUAAUGAAGUCCAGCACAAGCGCGAGCAUGAACGGGUCGUCAUCGCUCACAUCGUCUGCUGCUUCUGCGAAAAGCGGUUACGCAGCCCGACCAGCGCGUCAACAGAUCACGCAAGCCAAGCUGGACGCGAUCCGGUUGGCCAACGAUAAAGCAUCUCAGAGCGGUUUGACGUACAAUAUCUGGUACAACAAGUACAGCGGUGGGGAUCGGGAGGAUACAAUGUCGAACAAGAUCAAGAGCGAGACGCGGGUGGAUGUGGCUCGGGAUAGCGGCUGGACGCGGGCGGAUACAAAGGGGGCAGGUGGAGGAUUUGUGUGCCUCUUCUUUGCGAGAGGGUAUUGUCCAUUGGGAAACAAGUGCGACUUCUAUCAUCGUCUACCCGAGGUCAAGGAUCUGCCCGAACAAGGUCGAGAUGUUUUUGGUAGGGAAAAGCACGGAGAUUAUAGGGACGACAUGGGCGGCGUGGGCUCGCUGGAACGCGUCAAUAGAACGCUUUACAUUGGACGCAUCGUGGAGGAGAACGACGCGUUUUCGAGAGGUGGCGGUCAAAGUGGCGCAGCGAACAUGUCUCAGCAGAAUUGGAGAGAUGUGGGAAGGAAUACGACGAGCUUGACCAGGGAACAGAGGGAAAAGAAGAGGGAAAAGGAGAGAAAGAUGGGAAUGAGCGGGACGGAAAUGGUACUCAGAAGACACUUUGGAGAGUUUGGAGAGAUUCAGAGGGGUGAGUGGUGCGAUUGUGCUUGCGUGCUCAAGUUCCGUGCUUGAGCUCCACGAACAUCCUUCCUUCCACGGAUCUCCUCGCCUCGCAGUCAAAGUGCUGCACACGCGUUCUUGCGCCUUCGUGACCUACACUUUCGAAUCUUCGGCUCAGUUCGCAAAAGAGGCCAUGUCCAACCAAUCGCUGGACCACAACGAGGUUUUGAACGUUCGAUGGGCCACGGAUGAUCCCAAUCCGGGAGCUCAGAAGAGGGACCACAGAGAGAGGCAAAGUUUGGGAAGCGAGAGGAUGUGGGAAAAGAUGAGCGAGGAGCAGAGAGAUGCGCUGAGAGAGCUGCACAGGCUCGAAGGACCGGUCGAAGCGGAAGGCGGCGCAGAGCAAGAAGAUGGUGCGCAGAUCAAAAGGCCAAGAGUAGAAGAACACCCAUCGACGGAGAUGACGGACGAAGAGUAUGAACAGCUGCUAAGGGAAAACGAAGCGGGAUGGGCAUCCAUGGGCGGUGAGCCUGCGCAGAACGUUCCGGCGCCUCAGCUUCAGGCUGCUGCAACACAAGCACAACAGAGCAGAUUCAUCGACCUUGCCACCCUUGGAGAUCUUCGAGGGCUCGUGCAUCGCAGCCAAGCGUCGAGCAGCAACGGCAAAGGUAGUGUGGUGGGCAAUGGUGAAGGAAGGAAAGCCGAGCAGCUCAAACAAGCUGCACCGGCACCAGGCGGCGCUAGUGCACUGGGAGGUUUGGCCAACUAUGCGAGCGAUAGCGAGGACGAGGGGCAGGAGUAG